AUGGUAAACUACUAUGAGGUGCUCGGCGUCCAGUCGAGCGCCUCUCAGGAGGACAUAAAGAAGGCCUACCGCAAGCUCGCCCUACGCUGGCACCCAGACAAGAACCCAGACAAUAAGGACGAAGCAGAAAAAAAAUUCAAGCAGGUGUCCGAGGCCUAUGAGGUUCUCUCUGACUCCAAGAAGAGGUCCAUGUAUGACAGGUCAGGGUCAGAAGGCUGGAGGGGUGGCACCGGCGGGGCAGGUCCCACAUAUAACAGCCCCUUCAGCUCUGGCUACACCUUCCGUAAUCCCGAAGACAUCUUUAAGGAGUUUUUUGGCGGUAUGGAUCCGUUCUCCUUCGACUUCUGGGACAACCCAUUCAGCAGCGACCGGGAUCGGGACAGCAGCCGAGGCCGGGGUCUUCGGGGAGCCUUUUCCGCUGGCUUCGGUGAAUUUCCCGCCUUUAUGGAGGCCUUCUCCUCCUUUGACUCUCUAGGCCACGGAGGCAGGGCCACCUUUUCCUCCACGUCCUUUGGGGGUUCAGGUUCAGGUAGCUCUGGCUACAAGUCAGUGAUGUCGUCCACGGAGAUGGUCAAUGGGCGGAAGGUCACCACCAAGAGGAUUGUGGAAAAUGGUCAGGAGCGAGUGGAGGUUGAGGAGGACGGGCAGCUGAAGUCAGUGAUCAUCAAUGGGAAGGAACAGCUCAAAUGGGUGGACAACAAGUGA